AUGGCACAGGGUGGGCAAGAGUCUGCCGGCAGGCGACCAAAGGAAUCGCAUCGCCCUAGGAACAACGCCAAGAACGAUGCGACAGAUAGCAGAAGGCGUCAUCAGGCGGCGCGGCACCGGCCCGCGGAACCAGAACAGACGACCGACGGCAAUUACCGUGAUCGAGCAUUUGAACGCAGCCAGCUGAAAGACGACUACUACAAGAAGAUCGUCGAGGAACAUGCACUGUUGAAGGCACAGACCGAGGAGGAAUCCCGGUACAUGGUGAGUUCUUGCCUGCUGAUAUUCACGGCACGGCAGGGUGGCGAUGAGGAGCACACGCACCUGGUGAAGGGUCUGGACUACGUGUUGCUGGAGAAGGUGCGCAAGAGUCUAGCGCCUAGGGUAGCCGCUGAACGAGCUGCAGAGGCUGCAGCCGCCGCGGCGGGGGAGGAAAUCGGCCACAGCGACCUGGGCCGAUACAUAUAUCGCACUUUCAUCUACCAUACGCACAUGCACCACCGCCAGUUCCACCAAAGGCUGUCCAAAACAUACAGUUUGGUGUGCCAGGGCUACAAGUUCAAGAGGAAGGACGCCGACACGCAGACCUUUUACACGUUGGACCUGAGCAUGGAGCCAUCGGCUAACGACGUGCCUUCAACCGUGGUGGCAAAGGGGGAUCCAGAAAAGGUACCAGCACGUGGCGAAAUUCGGGGGUGCUUGCCUGCCGAAAUCAAAAAUGAGAUAGCUGAGGCCUUGCAAUGGCACCAAGAGAAUCGCAAAAAACCCAAGGAAGAACGACUGCAUGCUAGACCGUUAAAAGCUGCGAAUGGAGGGUCUGGAGACGACUCUGAUGAUAUCUUCGCCGAUGCCGGGGAAUACCGCAGCAACGAGUUGAACACCGACCAAGUCACCCGUCUUAAGUCUAACGAGAAAUACUUCGACGAGGAAUCAGAAGACGAAGCUGCCGAUGACACGUACCAGGGCCCCUCUCGGCUACAAGUGCUGGGCCGUCGCAAACGCACCGCGGCGGUGGCGGACGGCUACGACGAAUGCUACCCAAGCGCUGCUGACGUAGACAGCGAUGACGAAACUGGAGGCAAGGGCAAGAAGUCUCGCGGCAACCGUGCUGAGUGGCGCAAGAUCGAGAAAAUAAUUGCGGAUAAGGCCGCCAUACCCAUGGAACAGCUGGAGAGGAUAUCGACAGCACAGAAGCAGAAGUGA